GUCUCUGGUGUGGGAAGGUGACUGGAGGACAGAUAUUUUCAUGGUCUCGUUGAAAGAGAUGAAUAAAGACAACCCUGUGAAGCUGGUCCUGACUGUCAGUGGACAGCUGCUCCGAGGCGUCUCCAGCAGCACGCCCACCGGCCCCUUCUUCAUCCCAGAGACCACCCAGUCACCAGUGCUCCCAGCCAGCAAAAUGCCCCUUGGCCAGGAUCUGGAGGAUUCUACUGAGGUUAAGAGCUCAGAGGUGACUGCUAGAGCAUCCAGGCCUGGGAAGAAGGAUGUCUGCCCACCACUGAGGACCCUGGUGGUACCUUGUGCCCUGAAGACACCAUCUGGCAAGGUGGAACCCAGUGAGGCCUGGAGGAAGAGUCCUGUCCCCUCCAAGAAGCCCAAGAAAGUUUUAUUUGAACCCACAGCAUCUGAGAGAGCUCUGGAUGAAGAAGAUCUGGCGGUGCAGGAGUUGCAAGGCAGUCCCAGCCCUCGGUGGUGCCAUGCCAUGUGCCUCAGUGACCCGGGGACAGCUGUCCUGAUCGGUGGAGAAGGUGUCGAUAAGCAGCCCUGCAAGGAUGGACUCUGGAAGCUGGAAAUUGGUGGGGACUUUAGAGCUGUCAAAGGCAAUGGGGACAGUGAUUUCUGGCUUCCAGUGGGUCUCCAGCUGCAAAAUGCCAUGCCAUUGUGCUUGCAUGGUCACACAGCCACCUACGACCCGGACACCAAGCGUAUCUACAUCUUUGGAGGCAUAAGAGAGAACAAAGAGUACAGCAGCAUCUACAUUCUGGACACAGUCACCUGGAAGUGGCUCCCCGUGGCUGCUAAAGGGAAGUUGCCAGUGCUCGCCUACCACAGUGCAACUAUCUACCGCAAGGAACUCUUUGUUUUUGGAGGGACUUUGCCCAAAAAGGCAUCACUGCCAGUUGGACUCUGCAGCAACAUGCUCUAUGUCUUCAAUCCAGAGCAUGAAAUUUGGUACCGGCCCAUCUCAGAAGGGGAGAAACCUCUGCCUAGGCUUGGGCAUUCAGCUACUCUGCUGAAGAACAAGCUGCUGAUUUUUGGGGGUCGGAGGACUUCUAUCUACCUCAGUGACAUGCAUAUCCUGGAUCUGGGUUUCAUGGAGUACACCCCAGUGCCCCUCCUCGCAGGACAGCCUUCCGCGCGUUGUUUUCACUCAGCUCUGGCUGUGUCAGACAAGAAGGUUCUGAUCAGUGGAGGCUGCAAUGCCAAGGGAGCCCUGCAGGAUGCCUUUGUCUUCCACCUAGAUGUUGACAAGGAGAACGAAGAAGAGCACAACCUGCACACAGUGUUGCUCUUCGGGGGCUCCAACUGUGCCGGGACCUUUUACAACAGCACAGUCAAGAUCCAGCUGGACCUAGGCUAA